CAGUCUCCCCUCUCCCUUGGAUCAUACAGUUUCAAAUCACUUUUUCAACUUUUUUUUUCCCUUCCAAAUCUUUUCUCCUUGCUAAAGCAUCCGGGGUCAGCUCCUCACAUUCCCCCCUCCCCCUUUCCCACCCCUAACUUCAGCCUUUCGAGACACAUGAUUUAAGAAAAAUCUUGAACUUCCAAAAUGUCAUUGAGAGUCCUGGUCAUGUUAUUUUUUAUAUUUGUGGUGCAAAGCACACCAGAGUUGUGUAUUUUCCGGGGUUAUAUCGCUGCACUUGAAGGUGAACCUUAUCACUUGAGAUGCUGCCUUUCUACUGAUCAUUAUCAAAGAAAUCAUAUUGUCAGAUGGUCAAAACACUAUGGACCAAAUAGAACAGUGGCUGUGAACUCAAGUGACAGAAUCAUUUUUAAGGAUGAUGCUAUAGAAUUUUGGCCAAUUAAAAUGACUGAUGAAGGAACGUACUCUUGUGCAGUAGGAAACCAAGAACAUCAAUGGAAUAUAAUUGUCACUAAAAGAAGUGAGCAUGAUUGUUUUCAUCCAAAUUAUUUAAUUACUAGAGAAGUAGAAGUUGCGAAAUCCUUAAGCAUAAACUGUACCCAUGAUUACUACCAAAAAGUGGCCUAUAAUAUAUCUUUAUUUAAGGACUGUUCUCCAGUUCCAGGAAAUCACAAAACAUAUAUUCUGAAGAAUGCUGUGUUGAAUGAUACUGGAAAUUAUACCUGUAUAUUUUUCCUUUAUAAAAAUGGAAGAUCAUUUAAUGUCACUAAAACUUUCAGUGUAAAAAUAAAAGAUAGCCAAGAUAAAAUAUCAACACUCUAUGGGAACAGCAUUAAUUAUGUUGAAGCUGAAUUAGGGAAAGAGAAAAUACUCAACUGUACUGCUUUAUUGAUGGAUUCUUCUGACAUGAUUUACUGGGAUAAGGAGCCCAAUAAUGCUACUAAUAUUAUAAUAGAUAAAAAGAAGUCAACACCCAGUAAUUCAAGUGGCAUGCUAUAUGUUUCCAACUUAUUGAAGAUUAAACCUGUCAAAGAAGAAAAUUUGAAUGUUUGGUAUAACUGUACCUUGAUAACUACUAGGGAUCCUGAGACCAUACAUUUCUUUUUGAAGAAGAAAGAAGGUCCUGCUGAUGUUUCCAGACACAUCUUCAUUAUUGUCCUUGUGUCUUCAGCUGCAAUCAUCUUCCUAGUGAUUAUGUGUAUUAUUUAUAGAGUUGAUAUAAUGUUAUGUUAUAGGGACCUAAUUAGAAGAGAUGAGACUUUAACAGAUGGAAAAGAAUAUGAUGCAUUUGUGUCUUACCUGAAAGACUGCCGACCAGAUAAUGGAGAUGAGCACAAGUUUGCUUUAGAGAUUUUACCUGGAGCCUUAGAAAAACAUUUUGGUUAUAAAUUAUGUAUUUUUGAAAGGGAUAUAAUUCCUGGAGGAGCUAUUGUUGAUGACAUCGAUUCAUUAAUUAAAAAAAGCAGAAGGCUAAUCAUUGUCCUGAGUGAAAAUUACAUGUCUGAUAAGGUCAGAUAUGAACUUGAAAGUGGACUCCAUGAAGCACUUGUGGAAAGAAAAAUUAAAAUAAUCUUAAUCGAAUUCACACCUAUUAGCAACUUUACAUUCUUGCCACAAUCCUUGAAGCUUCUGAAAUCUCACAGGAUUUUAAAGUGGAAAGCAGAUAAGUCUCUUCCUUACAACUCAAGAUUUUGGAAGAAUCUUCGAUACUUGAUGCCCGCCAAAACUGCCAAGUCAAUUGUUUUUUCUUCACAUCCUUUGAGAAAUGAAUCAUUGCCUGUCCUUUCAAAGGUUUAGUCCUCAAGAUGACCAAGUCAAGUGACUGAUUAUAAAAACGUCAUGUAAUGAUGAUCUGUACUUCACUUCUUUCUAGCAAUCUGUUCAUUUAAAAUAAACCUUAUUUUGGAAUUGGUA